AGUCAGUCGGUGAAGUGUAAAGGCAUCGCUCGAUUCGUUCCCACGUUAAAAUACGAAGAAACCCCCUCGAGCUUUCUUCGGAUCUCUGCGACCUCUCCGUUUUCUUCUCCGGUCUUUAUCCUUUUGGAUCACUCUCUUCGCAGAUUUCCACGGGCUUAAGCUUCGCGUAGAUUCCGCUGGUAAACUUAAUAAUGUUUUUUGUGUUUUCGUGAAAGGGGUUGGUGCGUAUCGAUGGGUUCUUCGUCGGGUCAACCCGAAUUCGAUUACUUGUUUAAGAUUUUGUUGAUUGGAGACUCCGGUGUUGGGAAGAGCUCUCUGUUAUUGAGUUUCACGUCCAAUACUUUCGAUGAUCUUUCUCCCACCAUUGGUGUGGAUUUCAAGGUGAAGUAUCUUACAGUUGAGGGAAAGAAAUUGAAGCUUGCAAUUUGGGACACGGCUGGGCAAGAGAGGUUCAGGACACUAACAAGUUCCUACUACAGAGGAGCUCAGGGUAUAAUAAUGGUAUACGAUGUAACAAGGCGAGAGACAUUCACGAAUCUAUCGGACAUAUGGGCUAAGGAAAUUGAACUCUACUCAACCAAUCAGGAUUGCAUCAAGAUGCUUGUUGGAAACAAAGUUGAUAAGGAGAGUGAAAGAGUUGUCUCCAAGAAAGAGGGCAUAGACUUUGCUCGGGAGUGUGGAUGUCUCUUUCUAGAGUGUAGUGCAAAGACUAAGGUCAAUGUGGAGCAAUGUUUCGAGGAGCUCGUUCUUAAGAUUCUGGAAACGCCAAGUCUAAUGGCGGAAGGUUCUUCAGGAGUGAAGAAGAACAUCUUCAAGCAAAACCCUGCACAGACCAGUGCCUCGUCAAGUGGCUACUGCUGCUCCUCUUAGGCCUCUGUCCUUUUAAUACACAAACACACUUCUCAUUGUCUUUGUUCUCAGUGUUGUCCCUUUGUGCCUUGUGAAAUUGCUGCUUCUUUGAUGUAAAUCUCAACACUAACUUUGGAAGUUUCUGAUUUAUCAUCAUUUUUAUGUUUACCAUUAUCA